GAUAUUUUGAGGAAGAUGGCGACAAAACUGAUGAAGAGAAUAAGGAUGAAGAAAACGAAGAGAAAGAUAGAGAAAAUGAUAAAAAUGAAGAUGAAUAUGAGAAUAAUGAAGAGGAAGAAGAAGAGGACGAAGAAGAGGAUAAUGAAGAGGACAAAGAAGAGAAUAAUAAAGAGGACGAAGAAGAGGAGAAUGAAGAGGAUGAAGAAGAGGAGAAUAAAGAGAAUGAAGAAGAAGAGGAUGAAAAGAGGAAUAAAAUUAGCAAUGAUGAGAAUAAUGGGGUUGAAAAUAGAGAUAAAGAAAGAAAAAGUAGUAAUGAAA